UUGUGGAGAGAUCGGUCCCGCCUGUCCACCCCGCCACCCGGAGCAAACAUGCUCGCUAAUCUCGCUCGUGCCGCAGCCCGUCCCUCGGCGGGACUGGUCCGAAGAGCUGCAGCCGCGACGACCAAGUGCUCCUCCCCCUCCGUUCCUGCUGCUGCUGUCUCCUCCGCCCCCAAGAACCUGCGAUGCGCAAGCAGCCUGAGCGAGGUGCUGAAGGCGGAAAUCGAAGAGGAGCGUCUCGUUGCGUUUGACGAAGAUGUGGCAUCGAUGGUGAAAGAACUGGGCAAGAAGGGAAUCACCGUGAAGGACGAGCCCGGGCUGUCGUUGGUACGGCUCUUCGGACCUGGCGUUGGCGAUGAGAAGGUAUCGGUGGAGUUCGACUGCGACGUGGAGGGGGACGGCGAUGACGGUUGGGAGGACGACCUGGAGGACGACUCGGACUUGAGUUUGGAGUCGGGGGAGCAGCAGCAAGGGAAGGGCGGGGAGGGACAAGAGGACGAGGGCGGGGAGGACGACAUGAUCGGCCCAGGCUACCGCUUCACGGCAACGAUCACCAAGGGGGCGAAGAAGAUGGUUCUCUCGGGAUCGGCCACAGACACGAUCGCCGUGCACGGCAUCCGCAUCAACCCGGCAAACGUGGAGUGGGACUUUUCCCUUUACCGAGGUCCUGAUUUCAACGAGCUCGAUCCGGAUUUGCAGGACGCGCUGUACGACUACUUGAAGGAGCGCAACAUCGACGACGACCUGGCGGCGUUCAUCUGCAUGUACGCCGACCAAAAGGAGCAGAACGAGUACACCAACUGGUUGGGGGAGGUGGCGAAGUUCGUCAAGUAAACUACAGCGGCAGCGGCGUUGGAACCACUCGGUGUAGCUCGGUCGCUCCGCUAGCAACUGUUUCAGCGGGGCUUCUAGGUGGAGGGCGCGGAGGGGGGUGGUGCGGCUGGCGGUAAUUGCGAUUAGCGCAAGGAGAGCUUGACCUCUGCGAGGAGGCUUGUGCGCAUCUGUGCCCGCUGUUCCGUGUGGUGUCAACGCACUGGCGUUGCUUCCUGUGCGCUUACGAGCGCAUAUGGCGAGCGCAUACAGCCCUCGAUUAGGACCGUAGGAGAGGGAAAGCGACGUAACCCACCGUAGGAAGAGGGAAAGCGACGUAAACACCGAUGAUCGUGUCGAAAAUCAGCUGCACGAUACGGCGAGAACUACUGCUGCCGUCGUCUGCUUGUGUGCUUUCUUUUUUUAUCUUUUUCGCGGAUUCGCGGCGCGCGUUGGAGCUAUGUUGCACACCUGGCAAAAGUAGUCAUUCUCGAAACCAUUCCGGUCUUUCCCCAAGAGACUAGUUGCAGGCAGAGGCCUGACCAAAAUGACGCCUAGGAGAGAGAGAGCCAGCUCUGUUGACCUAUUGAGAUGCGAUGGUGCUGUGCUCG